AUGACACUAGGCCUUCAACAGCCUCCUGAUGAAAUAUUGUGCCAUUCCUUCCCUACCACUCUCAAAGGAGCUACAAGGGAGUGGUUCACGAAGUUGCCAACUUCGGCCAUCGAUAACUUCGAGCAGUUGAACAACGCCUUUUUGCGCCACUUCGUCGGGAGACAACGCCCCAAGAGGCCAGCGGACCACUUGCUUACUAUUAGACAAGGGGAGAAAGAAACCCUUAGGUCGUAUGUGAAACAAUUCACGAGGGAGACCUUGGAGGUAGACGAAGUUGACAACAAAGUGCAAUUGACGACCUUUAAGGCAGGGCUGAAGUCUAGAGAGUUCGUGAUGUCACUCGCGAAGAAUCCUUCUAAGACGAUGAUAGAGAUGCUUCUGAAGGCAUAG